AUGAAGGCCCUGACUUUACAGCAAACCAAUGUGGCCCCAGGAGCUCAGCAGCAGGCCUCAUAUGGAAGAAGUCUGUCCUCAAACUACGCUCCACCGAAUCUGGAGAAUAAGUUCCUCACCCAGGCUUCUCCUCUGACGCUCCUGCCCUCAUGCCCCUCUCUGCAGCCCUCCAGACUAUCCUCCACAACAUCCACCCUUCUCUCCACCUCCUCCUGUUCACCUUCCAUCUCCUCAUCUCUCCUUAGCACCCAGAACAGGCUCCUGAAGAGUGAAUCUCCUCCACUCUCUUUUUCUUUGACCUCAGCUGACACGUCUCUGGUUUCCACAUCCCUGGCCGGCACUGCCCUGUCGAACAGAUUUGCUCAUUCUCUUUUGAUUGCCCAUCCUGUCCUGGUUGGAGAAGACAAGACCUGUGAUGAAGAAGACAACAGCAGAGAAGAAACACCAGUGUCAAUGCAGUCCUGUGGGGAAGACAAUUAUGUGUCUGAAGAAGAUGAUGUUAUGUUUGAAGCGGAGUCAGCAGAUGCUAUCAUGGCGUUACCUGCCUUGGAAGCAGAGAUAGGUGAUGAGGAAGACCACCAACCCAUGGUUAUCAGACAGGAGGAAUUUGCUCAGCUAGAGAGAAAGAAGGACACUGAAGGAGAGCUGAAAGAAAAGAAGUAUCUCCUUCUGAACGCCGUGUGUUGCUCGCUGAUCAAUAAGGCCACAGCUCCAGGCCAGACGGACUGGGACAAAGAGGACAGCACCUGGACCAGAAUCAUGAACUUGGCUAAGGAGAUUUCCCCCCAUGACCCUCAGUUUCUUCUCAAGGUGGCUGUCUACACUCGACAGGAGCUGAACAUUCGCAUCACUGCAAACUUUCUUCUGGCUCUGGCUGCUAAUCUGCCUUCCACUAAGACACAUGUUCGCAGAUAUUUCUGUGCUGCUGUCCAGCUGCCUUCAGAUUGGCUGGAAGUAGUUAGAAUUUACAGCACAUGCUUUAGUCGCUCGCUGCCAAUGUGUCUGAAGAAGGCAAUGACUGACAAAUUCAAGCAGUUCAGCGAAUAUCAGCUGGCUAAAUACAAUACCCGCAAACACCGCUGCAAACACAGCCGCAACCGUGGCGAAGGAAAGAAACCAACGCCUUCACAGCUGAAAGACUGGGCGGACCUGCUCAGAUCUAAUGAAUCUAUUCUUCAAAAAUAUCUUAAAGUAGACCAAAGCAAAGUCGUGGUUGAUAAAAAGCAGAGUGAAUUCAGUAUGAAGAAGAUGAUUAAAAGGCUCCAUAUUAAAGAACCAGCUGAGCACGUUAUGGCCAUUCUGGGAAAAAAGUAUCCUGCUGAUGUGAAGGCGUUCACUCGCAGUGGAAUAAAAGGCACAUGGGAAAGGGAGAAAGCUGGAAAGAGGAUGAAGCUCCAAGAGCCAGAGACGUGGGAACGGCUGCUCAGUCGGGAAGGCAACAAGGCUGCCACCUGGGAGAAGCUGAUAGACAAUAAUUCUCUUCCAUUCAUGGCCAUGUUGAGGAACCUGAGGAACAUGAUCACUCAGGGCAUUAGUGAAGCUCAUCACAAUAAGAUCCUCCGGAGAUUGACCAAUAAGAAAGCAGUCAUUCAGAGCCGACAGUUUCCUUUCCGGUUCCUUGCUGCCUACAAAGUCAUCAUGGAGCUUCAGACAUUUGCAUCAGCGACAAAGAAACCACAAUCCUCUGUUAAAGAAAUCCUCAAGGGAAUCCUGAAAAAGAUUCCCCAGAGCAGAAAAUUUAGACGCCUGGACUGGGCCACAACAGCAAAAAGUCGGAUGAAAGUGACUCUGCGAGUGCCGUUUGUUUUCCGACAGUACCGUUUGAAAAAAGCACAGCUGAUGAAGAACAAUCAGAAGCUGUACUCCGUUGACCUGUUGAAACGUUACCGACAAGCUUUGGAGACAGCCGUCCACAUCUCGUGCCGCUACAACGUGCCCCCCCUUCCUGGACGAACCGCCAUCCUCUUCUGUGACUUCAGAAACUCCAAGAUGCAGAAUCAAGAUUUCUGCCUCCCACCAGACCCUGAGGAGGAAAAGAAGAGGCAGGAAGAGAGAGAAAAGGAGGAAGAAGAAGAAGAAGAAGAAAAAGAAGAAGAAGAAGAAGAAGAAGAAAAACCAAAGAAACCAAGGAGGAGAAGAGAAAAUGAUGACCCACUCAGCCCUUCGAUGUUGGAGGUGGCAGUUUUGCUGUCCCUGAUGAUUGGCAGCAGUGCAGAGGACAGCUGGCUGUACUUGGUCAACUGGUGUCAAUGUCAAGAAGUUAAGCUGAAGUCAGACGUUUUGUUGGAAAAUGUCAGAACAACAGUGAAACAAGUAAAGGAUUUUGAGAAUUUGCCAUAUGAGGAAAGAGGCCAGUAUAAGCUCUCAAAUGCAUUCACCAAACAAAACAAGGUGGACACCAUCAUCGUGAUAGCUGAGACCUGGGUUAAUGGUGACAUCGAGUGGGUCAUCAACAAUUAUAGGAAGGACGUAAACAAUAAAGUCCUUAUUGUGAAAAUCUUUCUAUCUCAACGACACGUUGAAUACACGCCAGACAGCAACACUGUGGAACUGGUUGGCUUCAGUGAACAGUUGCUGAGGUUUGUGGCAGAGCGAGGAUCAUCCAGACUGCUAGAUCAUGUGGAGCACUUGGAUAAACUGCAUAACAUCCCACCACCAGAGGGAGCUAAAGACUCUCAAACCACCAACCGCGUUGUCUCAAUCCCACCCAGUCCCAACCUAAGGUGGCGUGGUGUGCGUGUGUUUGUCUCCUCCACCUUCAGAGACAUGCACGCUGAACGUGACAUUUUGGUGCGGAGUGUCUUCCCAGAGCUGCGGCGCCGAGCUGCUCCACACUGCCUCUACCUGCAGGAGGUGGAACUGCGUUGGGGGGUGACAGAGGAGGAGUCGGGCCGGGCUGCAGAACUCUGCCUUUCAGAGGUUUGUCGCAGCCAGAUGCUGGUGGGAAUCCUGGGGGAGAGGUACGGCCUGAUACCCCCCAAACCUGUCCUGCCCGACCUCCCGCAAUACGCCUGGCUGGAGUCGGCUCCUGCAGGCCUGUCCAUUACAGAGAUGGAGAUCCGACAGUUCGAGGCCCUCUACCCCGAUACUGCACACCAGCGAAUGUUCUGCUACUUCAGAGAUCCAAACAUUACCAAGUCAGUUCCUGUGGCUUGGAGAUCUGACUUUGCCUCCGAGUCAAAGGAGGCUGAGUCCAAGAUGACCUCUCUGAAGACAAGGCUCCGGGAAAGCGAUGUGAAGGUCACUGAAAAUUAUUCAUGUGAGUGGGGAGGUGUUGUGGAAGGAAAACCAUACCUGAAAAACUUGGAAGACUUCAGGAAAGCUGUACUGGACGACAUUUGGACAGCUGUAAUGAAGCAGUUUGUGGAGGAGGAUGACAAGACCAAAAAUGACUCAGAUGUGACUGAGCAGGAGGCACACCAGGGAGCGCUGCAGAGGCAGUUUUUUGGCAGAGCGAAGCUGCUGUCUGGAGCUGUGGCCAUAGUGGAGCAGGCCCAGGUUAAAGGUGGAAUGAUGGUGAUGGAAGGAGGACCUGGAGAGGGCAAAACUGUCUUCAUGGCUGCUUUAGCAAACGCCCUAAGAAGUGGAAGCAAGUCCAGCAAAAAGCUCAUCUGUGAUGUCCUUUCCUACUCCACUGCUGCCAGCCAGUCAGCCCGCUCUGUGGAGAACCUUCUUCGAUGUCUUAACCAGUGGUUGAGGAAGAUGAAAGAUAAUGAGGACGACUCACCGCUGCCCCAGUCUUACCAAGAGUUGCUGUCAGAAUUUCACUCCAGUUUGAGCGACUUAAAGAAAAGUAAACCUCUGGUGCUGCUUGUUGAUGGGGUGGAUCUUCUCCAGGAUAGCAGGGGUCAGCUCAGCUCUGACUGGAUACCACAGAAACUUCCACCGAGUGUGUGCUUGGUGGUGAGCAUCGUGUCCCAUUCAGCACUUUUACAAACCCUGGCCAAAAGAAGAGGUGCUUUGCUGUUUACACUGGGACAACUUACCAUGCCAGACCGGAGGGAGAUCGUUCAGAAGGGACUGGAUGCCUUUGGGAAAAAACUGAGUGACUCUGCGUUCAACAACCAGCUCCAGACACUGAUAAUGAAGAAAGGAGCUGUAAGUCCUAUGUACCUGCACUUGGCCUGUGAAGACCUGAGGAACUUUGCAUCCUUUGAUAAGUUAAAGGAGAGCCUUCAGGAGUUGCCUCCGUCUCUGAGUCAGCUGGUGCAGUACAGCCUGGAUAGACUCUGCUUGCAGCACAGAGGAAUGCUGGGACUUCGCUGGGCACUGGCAGCUCUGACUGUCAGCGCCACAGGCCUGAAGGAGAGAGACUUGUAUGCUAUUCUAAAUACAUGUAACAACCUAAACUCCCAGGACAGGUCGGUCACAUGGGAUAAGGUGCUUGAUUUAUCCAGGAAGCCCAGAGGACGUAUUCCCAUGGCAAACUUCACCCGUGUAGUGCAGAGUUUACAAAGCCUAAUUGAUCCAUCAAAGUGCCAUGACACUAAUGACCUGCUGGUUAUAACCAAUCCGGAGGUGAAGCGAGCUUUCGAGGACUUUCUCCUCCCAGCAGAGAGCGACCGAAACAGAGCUCACCUCAUACUGGCAGCUCAUCAGUGGGCGUUGGCCGACCCACAGGGCACAGAAACAUUCCUUCACUGUGAAGCCAACUCUGUUAUGCACCUUCCCUCUAACCUGAUGAAAAGUAAGCAGCUGGAGGCAGUUCACUCCCUUCUCUCCAGUUACUACUUCCUGUAUGCCAAUGUGCGCCAUGGCCUCUUGCAUCACAUCCUAGAGAUCUACAGCCUUUAUGAUAAGAAGCAUACAUCUGCCCCUACAUGUGACCUCCGGGACAGUCUGGAGGACUGCAGGAGUUUCUUGCAGCGUCAUGCCACACUGCUCUCCUCCUGGCCUGCUUUAUUCAUUCAGCAGGCCUUCAAUGAACUUCCAGAGAGCUCUGCUCACACCUGGGCACAAGGCCUGAUGGGAAAAGGAGGGGUCCGUGUAGUUAAAUGGCUAAACAACAAAAAUCAUAACCAUCUAGAGAUGAGCGAGCUGCUGUCGACCUUCUCCUCUGAACCAACUUGUUUGGUUGUGAGCCCUGAUGGACAGCUGAUGGUGGUUGGUACUGGACAAGGAACACUGCAUUUCAUUCACACUCAGACUGGACAGGAGGUGAAGACCCUCAUGAGUAACUGCGAUGGAAUCUCAAGCUGCAUCUUUCUGAAAGAUGGGCGUCUGGUUUCCACCUCCUUUGAUGGUCAAAUAGAAACAUGGGAUGUUGGGAAUGGCUGCAGGACUGCUUGCAUUAACGGCCACACUAAUGCAAUAACAGCAAGUGACAUCACUGCAGACAAGAAGCACCUUGUGACUGUGUCUCUGGACUUCAUGUUGAAGGUCUGGUCCUCGGCUAAAGGCAAAGAGGUAGCAGCUCUGCCUAGCACCAGCCCUCUAAAUUGUGUGACCUUUGACCCCGAGGGUCACCUACUCGCUGCUGGCUGCUGGAAUGGGAAAGUGAUUGUGUGGAACUGGUUCCAGAAUAAAACUCUCACAUCUCUGUCAGGUCACCAGCGUUCAGUGCGUAGUCUCUCCUUCUCCCCCUCUUCUUCCAUGCUGUGCUCUGGCUCUGUGUCUGGAGAAGUGAGGGUGUGGUCAGUGCCCACCUCCACCUGUGUGGGACUCUUCCAGGCUCACAGUGGAGCCACCGAGGCCCUCACCUUCCUCGAUGCAGGGCGGAUGCUGCUGAGUGCUGGCUCUGACCACACGCUCCAGCUCUGGUCAGGUGGACUUGGACGUUCAGUCACUGCAUUGAAAAAUGAAGAGCAGGAGCAGGAGCCUCCUCAAAAGAAACUGAAGUCUGUGAGUUCAGAGCUUCCUGCUCUGUGUGUGGCUGUAAAUGAAGACUUUGUUGCCGUGGGAUACCACAGAGAUGGCGUUAAACUCUACUCCAUUGAGUCAGGUGAGAAGAUCUGGGCCUCUAGUGUCUAUAAUUUGUCCGUACUGUGCCUGAUGUGGGUCAUCGUGGACGCAGAGCAGAAAGUUCCUGAGCUGCUGGUGACUGGAGGAAAUGACCGACGUCUGAGGAUCUGGAAGAAAAAAGAAGGAGAAGAGGGGAUGCUGGGAGGUUUGACAGAGGACGGGAUGUUUGGCACUCAAUCAGGCCCGAUCCUGGCUUUAGCACAGAGCUCCACAUACCUGGCAUCUGCCUCAGAUGACGGUACCGUUGUUCUGUGGCUGUUGAGUGAUUUAAUCAGCGGCCCCGAUCUGCCCCAUGCCCUUCUGAAGGGCCACAGUGGAGGGGUCACCUGUGUGGCUUUUAGUCCUGAUGGAGGACAGCUCCUGUCUGGUUCUAAAGAUCAGACCCUGAAGGUGUGGGACGUGAGUUCAUCUCCUCCUGUUCUGUCUAAGUCAAUCCCUCAUGCCCAUAGAGACUGGAUCACUGGCUGUGUUUGGACUCCAGACUCUGUGAUGAGCUCCUCAAACGAUGGAAGGCUUUGUUUGUGGGACCUAGAGGCGGGCCAAAGCUUCCGAGAAAUCUCCUGGAAGAGUCCUCUGACGUCCAUCUGCUGUGUGGGUCACUAUGUCAUUUCAGGUUGCGCAGAGGGGGCGCUGCAUGUUUGGAACUGGGAAACAAGUGUAGAGAUCUGUCACAUUACUGCACACCAGCAACGCAUACACCACUGCUGUCUGCUCCAAAAUAAGGAGGAUAAAGAAAUUAUCCCAGAAGACAUGACUGUUCUAACUGCAUCUGAUGAUGGCAUGGUGCAGGUUUGGAAACCCUUACAGGUGGAGCAUUUCGCCACCUUCCAAGGCCACAGCGGUGGGAUACAUGGAGUCGUUUUAAAGGAAGGAGUCCCAGAAUUUGUCAGUGUUUCUGAAGACUGCUCAUUGCGAUGCUGGACCUGGACAACAGAGUCUCCUCCAAGCCUCAGAGGUCCAGUCACAGCUUUGUGUUUCUCACAGAAAGAUGAUUUGCUUCUUGUCGGUUAUGAAUUUGGUUUGCUGGAAUUAUGGCAACACAACACUGUGGUUGGACACAAGCAGGCCUCAGACAGCCCCAUUAGAGCCAUCUGCUCCAUCCCCGAUGGGCAGUUUGCCGUCAGCUCUAAACUUUGUGUUGAGCUGUGGAAACUGGUGUGGAACCGUCAACAUGGCACUGCAAGCCUGGUGAAAGUCAGCACAUAUAGUGUGGAACAACCCACAGUCCGCCUCGUGUACUGCUCUGUUCUGGUUGGAAUAUCUGCCAGUGGAAUCAUAUCUGCAGUGUCCAGUGAUGACUCCAACAUAUGGCAGCACACCAUCCACAAUUGGCAUCAAAGUGUACGAAUUCUUGGCCAAAGGCAAAAUGAUGAGAAAAGCGUGUGGCUGGUGGGAGAACAAGACAGAGAAGUUACCAUCGGCUUUAUGUUUGCGAUGGGUCCAAAAACUAAUCUCAACUCGGCUUUCAGCGCAGUGCUGUUUUCAAGCACUGAUGAUGAGAAGAAUGGACCUACAAUAUCUGCUAUAACUCUGGACAACGAGUUUGUGGUGUGUGGAGACGUCAAAGGCAACAUGUGGUUCAACCAGCCUCCAGAGCUUUCCUCCUGGAGCAGCAGAAAACCAGCUCACAGUGACAGAGUCAGUGUGCUGAGACUCACCGGCAGCACCAUCGUCUCAGCCUCCCACGACAGGACGGUCAAACUGUGGGACAGAAACACCAAGAAGCAGACUGGUAUGUUUGUGUGUGGGGGCCCUGUUGUGCUUUUGGAGGUGAAUCCAGAAAAGCCCACUGAGCUGGUUUGCUGCGACAACCUUGGAAAACUCUAUUUUCUCUCCUGGGAUGAAUAAUGCGCUAAUUAUUUUACUCUCAACUCUGAGAUGUACUCUUUUAUUUGGAUGCUAUAAUAGUCUCUGUGCAACAGGUAGAGAAAAAUCAGCUGAAGUGUCUCACUUAUGCACUACAUUUAUAUAUCAACAACUGUCAAAGUAAAGAGCUUUAUCAAGUUUUUGUGUGCCUUUAAUUAAGAUGGCAAUAAGAAAGUAAUGCAUGUUUUUUUUUUUCUUUAAAUGGAAGCAUAUUAGGAAUGAAGGAUGAAACUUGAGUUAAUGUUGGAAUCUAUAAUCUUUGGCAAUAAAUUUUGUUCAAACCUACUGAAGCCCU